AUGUCCGGGUCCCAGGUUUCGACAACUGGAAAGGAGUGGCGGUCAGCGCAGCCCUGUCAUGGAAGGACUAACGUAACGUGCUACAGAUGUCAGGAGCCGGGACACAUAGCCACUAAUUGUCAAAAAAAAGUGCAGAACGCUGGAUUGGGAGUCAGGACAGAAAAAAGAGUGGAGCUAUGCGCUAUAGUGGAGCCUCAAUCGAGUAUGCUGGUCAAUGGAAUUCCAGCAUCGUUUGUAGGGGUAUCUCUCUCUACUGAGUUUCCAAUUUUCUGCUCAAAUAGACCCCUUCAGCAGAAGACAGUGGACGGCGGAGUGCCCCUGCAGACGGCUCUGAUGAUGUUCCACGAAUGGCUGCGCAAGGAGCUGCGGGCCCGCAACCUGACGCUGCCCAAGAUGAACAAGUCCAAUGUGCUGGGGAAUUGCGCCUUCGUCACCUGGACGGACUGGGACUUUGGCAUAUGCCUGGCCAAGAAGUGUACUCGCAAGCGGAUGUGCAAGGCCGCCUACUUCAAUCAGUGGAUCGAUGUGAGAGCCAUCUACCGAUCCUGGUACAAGUACCGUCCUUGCAACUUCAGCGACGCCCUCUCCCAUGUGGGGCUGGCGUUCGAGCGCAGGGCCCACUCGGGCAUCGACGAUGCCAAGAACCUGGGCGCUCUUAUGUGCACGAUGGUGAGCGAUGGAGCGCUCUUCUCGAUCACCAAAGACCUGACGCCAUAUCAGCAGCUCAACGCCAACUGCAUAUUGUGAGCUCGUCCAGCAGCCAAUCCCUCCAAGAACACAACGCAGAAUAUCCACUUAGUUACUGGAUUUUAUUUAAUUAUUAAUAUUUCAAACGACAGAUAGAUAUGAUUGGUACCAUAAUGUGUGUAGACCUGAGAGCUAAAGAUAUUGAUUGAAAUUUAAAA